AUGCCGGGCCUGCAGCUCAUCGCCGCCGAUGGUCUCUACAAGCGCGAUGUUUUCCGCUUCCCGGAUCCUUUCGCCGUUGCUACUAUCAAUGGCGAGCAGACGCAGACCACCCAGGUCUCCAAGCGGACCCUGUGCCCGUACUGGAAUGAGAGUUUCGACUUCCGCGUCAACGAGGACAGCAUAUUGGCCGUCCAGGUCUUUGACCAGAAGAAGUUCAAGAAGAAGGACCAGGGCUUCCUCGGCGUCAUUAACGUUCGAAUCGGCGAUGUCAUCGAGCUUGCCCCAGAUGCCGACGAUCAUAUGCUCACUCGAGACCUCAAGAAGUCGACAGACAAUCUGGUCGUGCAUGGGAAGCUGAUCGUCAACCUCUCGACUAACCUCUCCGCUCCUCCUCGAGGCCAGUCCGGCGGCCCCAGCAGCCGUCCUGGCCAGCAGUCUUUCGCAACAGAGGCACCCUCGCAACGUCCAACGUCUGCCUUGGCUGUCACCACCACCAGCAGCAGUAUAAAUGGGAACGGCCCAGCCUCGAUGCAGCGGCCGGCCAGCAUCACCUCGGCACCCUCAUCGCAGCCGCCGAAUGGUGCCGCUCAGCCUCGCGGGAACAGCACCUUGAGCCCAUUUGAAGAUGCACAGGGCCGUCUCCCACCCGGGUGGGAGCGUCGGGAGGACAACCUGGGCCGGACCUACUACGUCGACCACAACACUCGUACAACGAGCUGGAAUCGGCCGACGGCCAGUGGUGCGGUCAACACCGCGAGACAAGAGGAGGCUACAAACGUGGAGCGCCAGAGACACCAGAACCGGACCUUGCCUGAGGACAGAACCGGCACCAGCUCGCCUACAAUGCAGGCCCAGCAGGCUGCGCAGAACGCCAAUGCCCAGACGAUGAUGCAUACUGGCGCCACGACCGCUGGGACGGGCGAACUUCCCCCGGGAUGGGAACAGCGAUUCACUCCCGAGGGACGGCCAUACUUUGUGGACCACAACACUCGUACUACGACAUGGGUGGACCCCAGAAGACAGCAGUAUAUUAGGAUGUACGGCGGCCAGAAUAAUACUAAUGGUACUAUUCAACAGCAGCCUGUGUCGCAAUUGGGGCCCCUGCCGAGCGGAUGGGAAAUGCGCCUUACCAAUACUGCACGUGUUUACUUCGUUGACCACAACACGAAGACGACCACCUGGGACGAUCCUCGUCUGCCGUCCUCACUCGACCAGAAUGUGCCUCAGUACAAGCGAGACUUCCGCCGGAAGCUCAUCUACUUCAGGUCGCAGCCUGCCAUGCGCAUCCUUUCAGGACAGUGCCAUAUCAAGGUCCGCCGGUCCCACAUCUUCGAGGACUCUUUCGCCGAGAUCAGUCGGCAGUCGGCUACGGAUCUUAAGAAGCGCCUGAUGAUCAAGUUCGACGGCGAGGAUGGAUUGGAUUAUGGCGGUUUGUCCCGAGAGUUCUUCUUCCUCCUCUCGCAUGAGAUGUUCAACCCCUUCUAUUGCUUGUUCGAGUAUUCGGCGCACGACAACUACACGCUCCAGAUCAACCCUCACUCUGGCAUUAACCCCGAGCAUUUAAACUACUUCAAGUUCAUUGGGCGCGUGGUCGGGUUAGCCAUCUUCCACCGGCGGUUUCUGGAUGCUUUCUUUAUCGGUGCUCUGUACAAGAUGAUCUUGGGCAAGUCGGUGGUGCUGGCAGACAUGGAGGGUGUCGAUGCGGACUUCCACAGGUCGCUGCAGUGGAUGCUGGACAAUGACAUCUCGGGUGGCAUUCUCGAACAGACCUUCUCGACCGAGGACGAGCGAUUCGGCGUUAUCACCGUCGAGGAUUUGAUCCCAGGCGGUCGCGAUAUUGAUGUCACCAACGAGAACAAGAAGGAAUAUGUCGAUCUCAUGGUCAAGUGGCGCAUCGAGAAGCGUAUCGCUGAGCAGUUCCAGGCGUUCAAGGAAGGCUUCCACGAGCUCAUCCCGCAGGAGCUUAUCAAUGUCUUUGAUGAGCGCGAGCUGGAGCUCCUCAUCGGUGGUAUCGCCGAGAUCGACGUGGACGAUUGGAAGAAGCACACUGACUAUCGCGGCUACACGGAGACAGACGAGGUCAUCCAGAACUUUUGGCAGACGGUGCGCAGCUGGGAUGGCGAGCAGAAGAGCCGGCUGUUACAGUUCACGACGGGCACGUCCAGAAUCCCCGUCAAUGGAUUCAAGGACCUGCAGGGGAGCGACGGUCCGAGACGAUUCACGAUCGAGAAGGCUGGGGAGAUCACAAAUUUGCCCAAGGCGCACACCUGCUUCAACCGUCUUGACUUGCCGCCAUACAAGACGCUCGAGCAGCUGCAGCAGAAGCUCACCAUCGCGGUCGAGGAGACCAUGGGCUUUGGUCAAGAAUAA